CUAGACGACGCGCGUUUUAUGCGCGCGUCCCCGCGUCCUGUCUCGCGUUUAGACCCCGAUCAUUUCUAAGAAUCGCGAUUAAAAAGGCGAACGAAGUGUGAUUCGUGACACGUUGCAGUGAAGUGAAAAACGCGCGUCCUCUCGUCGGCCGUUAUUAAUUAAACCGGUAAUUUACGCGAGUUCGAAAGCGACGUUUUUCUACCCCGCAGAAACUCGAUCGUGACCGAAGGAGGCCGGAGACGCGUGGAUACGCAUUGCGUGCUGACAGGUGGUGCUUAGAACGGAAGCACGCUCGUAGGAAGUGCCGGAUAUUCUCACGGGGACGUGUAGAAAGCGUGUUUCGCGUCUCAAAAUCGUCGGGUUUCCGCGGUUCGUGUUUCGCGGCCUUCGAAAUGCGCAAACUUCAGAUCGGCUGACCUCGCGCUAACUUUUCGACGGACAAUUCCCGACGCUUUUAACCGCGUGUGUUUGGAGAGGAAAACUAGUAAAGACGUUUAUAUAAAAUUAAAGAAAAAUUACAUAAAGGGACAGUGUGAUUCAGAGAUUCUGUGCGAGAUAAUUUCAAGUGAUCGACAUUCUUUAGUUGAGAAAAAACCGCGUGAAACGAUGAAAAUAAUGACGGAUGGUAUUUCGACGUCGUGUCGCAAAAAAAUGUCAGACAGUCGCGUCUCAAAAUCACCGCGGUGAUAACAUCAACAAGGACAUUAUCGGGAAGGGCGUCGCAGUUGGAUUAUAGUGUAAUUAGCGCAGUGUGAUCGUCGAUGCGUACAUAAAUCGUGUUUGUUAACUGAUUGUAUUUUAUACGAAUUUUUACUCCGGUUUUCUUCCCAUCAUUUUGGAGUUGGAGGUCUCGUGUGUUAGUCUUUCCCGAAGGCAGUGCGAUAGUGAACCGUGUGCUUUAGGGAGUUAAUAUAAAAGUUCGUGUGAAAAAGAGAGGAGAUAUCGAGUGCGUUAAGUAUUUGAUCGAUCGUUUCGUGGAACCGAGAGGAGGAGAGGCUGGGCCCGCGAACUCGGAUCCCGCGCCUCCCGGUAAUUUCUCGUUCUCGGAAAAUGGAGUGAACAUUCGCGCCUCUUCGUGGAAAUAUGAGGAUUACGUUUCACUGCUGCGACCGUUCGUGGGCAUCGAUUACAAGCGAAAAUGUAUCUCACGCGCGUGCUUCUUCUACUACUGCUCGUUGCUGGCUCAAGAUGCAUGUGCUCGAGCGGGUACACCGGACAAAAUUGCGAGAGCGACUACAUCCCCUGCGAUCCUUCGCCAUGUGAAAACGGGGGCUCGUGUCAACAGGUCAGCGAACUCGGCUACGCGUGCCACUGUCCCGAAGGCUUCCAGGGCACCAACUGCGAGGAGAAUAUCGACGAUUGUCCGGGUAAUCUCUGUCAAAAUGGCGCCACGUGUAUGGACCGGGUAAACGAGUACUCCUGCCUGUGUCCGCCGGCCUUCACCGGGACGCAAUGCGAGCUGGACGUGGACGAGUGCUCCGUAAGGCCAUCCUUGUGUCACAACGGGGCCACGUGUACGAAUUCGCACGGCAGUUACUCGUGUAUAUGCGUGAACGGCUGGGCCGGGCUUGACUGUAGCGUCAACAUCGACGAUUGUGCAGGUGCGGCCUGUUUCAACGGUGCCACCUGCAUCGAUCGCGUUGGCAGCUUCUUUUGCCAGUGCACAUACGGGAAGACAGGCCUGCUCUGCCAUCUCGAUGACGCUUGCACGUCAAAUCCGUGUCACGAGGGCGCGAUCUGCGACACCAGCCCUAUCAACGGAUCCUUCACCUGUUCCUGCGCCACCGGCUAUAAAGGACUGGAUUGCUCCGAGGAUAUUGAUGAGUGCGAACAAGGCUCUCCCUGCGAGCACGACGGGAUCUGCGUGAACACCCCCGGGUCCUUCGCGUGCAAUUGCACGCAAGGAUUCACCGGGCCGCGAUGCGAGACGAACGUGAACGAGUGCGAGUCGCAUCCCUGCCAGAACGACGGUUCCUGCCUGGACGAUCCUGGGACCUUCCGAUGCGUCUGCAUGCCUGGCUUCACCGGCACCCAAUGCGAGAUCGAUAUAGACGAAUGCGCGGCGAGGCCGUGCCUGAACAACGGCAUCUGCAGCGAUCUCAUCAACUCCUUCAAGUGCAGCUGCGCCGACGGCUUCGCCGGCUCCCACUGCCAGAUCAACAUCGACGACUGCGCCUCGUCGCCGUGCAAGAACGGCGGUACCUGCCAGGACGGUAUAGCCAGGUAUACGUGCGAGUGUCCGCCCGGGUUCACCGGCGCCUCCUGCGAGACCAAUAUCAACGACUGCGCGUCGAAUCCGUGUCACAGCGGUACCUGCAUCGACGGCGAGAACAGCUUCGUCUGCAACUGCUACCCGGGUUUCACCGGCAAACUGUGUCAGACGCAGAUCGACGAGUGCGAGAGCAAUCCUUGCCAGUUCGGCGGUAAAUGCGAGGACCGCAUCAACGGCUACCAGUGCAUCUGCCGACCGGGAACGUCCGGCAUCAAUUGCGAGGUCAACGUCAACGAGUGCUAUAGCAAUCCGUGCCGAAACGGGGCCAGAUGCAUCGACGGUAUCAACAGAUACUCCUGCGAAUGCGAGCCCGGCUACACCGGCCAGCACUGCGAGACCGACAUAAACGAGUGCGCGAGCAACCCAUGCGCGAACGGCGGCCUCUGCAUCGACUUGACAAACAGCUUCAGAUGCGAAUGUCCGCGCGGCUACUACGACGCCAGGUGUCUGAGCGACGUGGACGAGUGCUCGAGCUCGCCCUGCUUGAACGGCGGCACUUGCGAGGACGGGGUGAACCAGUUUAUCUGCCACUGUCUACCCGGUUACGGUGGCAAGAGGUGCGAGAUGGAUAUCGACGAGUGCGGCUCGAAUCCCUGCCAACACGGUGGCACGUGCAACGACCAUCUCAAUGGCUACAGCUGCAAGUGCCUACCUGGUUACGCCGGGACCAAUUGCGAGACGAACAUCGACGACUGCGCCAACAACCCCUGUCAAAACGGUGGAUCCUGCAUCGAUCUCGUCGACGAUUACAAAUGCGUCUGCGAACUGCCUCACACCGGCAGGAAUUGCGAGGAGAAGCUGGACCCUUGCUCGCCCAACAAAUGUCUCCACGGAGCGAAAUGCUCGCCAUCAUCGAACUUCCUCGACUUCGCUUGUACGUGCACGGUUGGUUAUACGGGCAGACUGUGCGACGAGGAUGUGGACGAAUGCGUGAUGACGUCGCCGUGCAGAAACGGUGCCACUUGUCGGAACACCAACGGCUCUUACCAUUGCGUGUGCGCGAAGGGCUACGAGGGCCGUGAUUGCAUCAUCAAUACCGAUGACUGUGCAUCAUUUCCCUGUCAGAACGGCGGUACCUGUCUGGAUGGCAUCGGCGAUUACACGUGUCUCUGCGUGGAUGGUUUCAGCGGCAAGCACUGCGAGGUCGACAUCGAUGAGUGUAUAUCGCAGCCCUGUCAGAAUGGAGCGAUUUGCAAGGAAUACGUCAACUCCUACACGUGUCAAUGCCGACGCGGUUUCUCUGGAAUCAAUUGUCAAACCAACGAUCAAGACUGCACCGAUAGUAGCUGCAUGAACGGCGGCAAAUGCAUCGACGGUAUCAACAAUUAUACGUGUGUUUGCAAACAUGGUUAUACUGGAUCCAACUGUCAGUAUCGUAUCAACGAGUGCGACAGCUCACCCUGCAAGAAUGGUGCCACCUGUCAUGAUCAUGUGCAGUAUUACACAUGUCAUUGUCCAUAUGGUUACACGGGUGCACAUUGCGAUGCGUAUGUAAACUGGUGCGCCGAUAAUCCGUGCGAGAACCAGGCUACGUGCGCGCAAGUGAAGAACAAGUAUCAGUGCAAUUGCUCGCCGGGAUGGACCGGCAAGGUUUGCGACGUGGAGAUGGUUUCGUGCAAGGAUGCCGCGAUACGAAAGGGCGUGCUGGAGAAGAAUCUCUGCAACAACGGCACCUGCGAGGAUAUAGGCAACAGUCAUCGUUGUCAUUGUCUCGAAGGCUACACCGGUUCGUACUGUCAGAAGGAGAUCGAUGAAUGUGAGUCGGCGCCGUGUCAAAACGGUGCAACAUGCAAGGACCUCAUUGGCUCGUAUCAGUGUCUAUGUACCAAGGGCUUCCAAGGUCAGAACUGCGAGCUCAAUGUCGAUGACUGCCAACCAAAUCCCUGCCAGAACGGUGGCAUCUGUCACGAUCAGAUCAACGGAUUCAAUUGUUCUUGCCCGUUCGGUACUCUUGGUAUCAUAUGCGACGUCAACACCGAUGACUGCUUGAUAGGUGCCUGUCAUAACAACGGUACCUGUACCGAUAAGGUGGGCGGUUUCGAGUGCAAAUGUCCGCCCGGUUUCGUCGGACCGAGAUGUGAAGGCGAUAUCAACGAAUGCCUGUCGAAUCCGUGCGCCUCGCCUGGCACACAGGAUUGUGUACAACUGGUCAACAACUAUCACUGUAAUUGUAAGCCUGGUUAUAUGGGUCGUCACUGUGAGAUCAAGGUGAAUUUCUGCGACAGCUCGCCGUGUCAAAACGGUGGGGUAUGCACGGCUAAGCAAGACAGGCACACGUGCGUGUGCCCCAGCGGUUAUCACGGUACCAAUUGCGAAUUUGUUGGCUCUUACUGCGAUGCCGAGCCGUGUCAAAACGGUGGCACGUGUCACGUUUCUGGAACCAGCUAUCGAUGCUAUUGCACGUCAGGUACGACGGGGACGCACUGCGAGUUCGACGCCCGAGACGAAUGCAAAAGUAACCCGUGCCAACAAGAUGCACCUUGCGUCAACAAGAUCGACGACUACGCUUGCGAUUGUCCUCCCAAGUGGGUCGGCAAGAACUGUGAGAUAUACGAUCCGAAUUAUCCUGGCGGUGUGUUCGGUGUUCAACCUAAUGUCCCGAAAAUCUCGAAUGCUUAUGAUUAUAAUACUGAGCGCGAGCGUAGAAAGUGUAUUGAAAACAAUUGCGAGGAGAAAGCUGGCAAUAAUCGCUGCGACGAGGAAUGCAACAAACAUGCAUGCAACUUUGACGGACAGGAUUGCUCACUUGGCAUCAAUCCGUGGCGUAAUUGUUCCGCGCCCAUUAAAUGCUGGGACGUAUUUAUGAACGGUAUGUGCGACGAGGUCUGCAACAACCCGCAGUGCCUUUUCGAUGGCAGAGACUGCGAGCGAAAAGUCGGCCCUUGCAAUCCGGUUUACGACGCGUACUGCAAGCAACAUUACGCAAACGGUCAUUGCGAUUAUGGCUGCAACAAUGAAGAGUGUAAUUGGGACGGCCUCGACUGCGAUGGAGAACCACCAUCAUUGGCUAAAGGUGCCAUAUCUAUUGUCGUAAGAAUGGACAUGGAGUCCUUCCGCGAGCACAUCGUGACUUUUCUACGCGAACUCGGGAACGAACUGAGAACGACGACACGCGUGAAGCAGGAUGAACUCGGUAAUGACAUGAUAUAUCCUUGGAAACCCGAGAGAGAUCCCGACUAUAAUUUCGGUCGCCCAACGAUAAUCCAUCCCAAUAAUCAAAACGGUGUGAUCAUCUAUCUGGAGAUUGAUAACCGCAAAUGCAUCCCUUCCUCGAUGAUGUCGGGGUUGACUACUUCCCGUCGAGAUGCCACAGGAUGCUUUCCAUCGGCCAAUGAGGCGGCUGAGUAUUUGGCCGCCACGGCGUCGAAGCACACCCUGUUGCGGAACUUCCCCAUCGAGCAGGUGCGAGGUGUGGUAGAUCCCCAGGGUCCAGAGUAUCCCGACAGUACAACAAAUUACAAGUAUGUCUUUAUCGGCGUGGUCAUCGUGGUGCUCGGUGGUCUACUGAUGGGCGUACUGGUGACCGCACAACGGAAACGCGCCGUAGGAGUUACAUGGUUCCCCGAGGGCUUCUUGAGGACCAGCAGCGGCAGCGGCCAACGGCGCCGCUCGCGCCGACGCGGUCCAGACGGUCAGGAGAUGCGCAAUCUGAACAAACAACCAUCAGUAAACUGCAUGGACCUGGACGUAGUGACUCGGGUGCAGUCCCAGUGGUCCGACGAUGAGUCCGAUCUUCCGCCUUCGAAACGGAUGCGGGCGAUCGAGCCGGGUUACGCGAGCGAUCACACCGCUAUCACGGAUUAUGAAGAGACCGAGCCGCGCAUGUGGACGCAGCAGCAUCUGGACGCUGCCGAGAUAUGUCGGCCGGAUGCGGGCGGUGUCCUGACGCCGCCCAGCCUGGAACACGGCCAGGAUGUUAACGCACGUGGUCCAUGUGGCAUGACACCUUUGAUGGUAGCGGCCGUGCGGGGCGGUGGCCUCGACACUGGCGAAGAAGAGGACGAGAAUGAUGGCGCCGCGGCCAAGAUCGCUGAUCUGGUCGCCCAGGGCGCCGAUUUGAACGCCAAGACCACGGAUAAGAGCGGCGAGACGUCGUUGCAUCUAGCUGCGCGUUACGCUCGGUCUGACGCAACCAAGAGACUGCUAGACGCCGGCGCCGACGCGAAUUCCCAGGAUAACACCGGACGUACGCCGCUGCACUCGGCGGUCGCAGCCGAUGCUAUGGGCGUCUUUCAAAUUCUGCUGCGCAAUCGGGCGACGAAUUUGAACGCUCGUAUGCAUGAUGGUACGACGCCGUUGAUACUAGCCGCGCGUCUAGCCACCGAAGGUAUGGUCGAGGAUCUCAUCAACGCCGACGCCGACAUUAACGCCGCUGACAACAGCGGCAAGACCGCGUUGCAUUGGGCGGCGGCGGUCAAUAACGUCGACGCCGUAAACAUAUUAUUGGUGCAUGGCGCGAACAGAGAUGCUCAAGAUGACAAGGAUGAAACCCCGUUGUUCCUCGCCGCACGCGAGGGCAGCUUCGAGGCGUGCAAAGCGUUAUUGGACACGUUCGCCAACAGGGAAAUUACUGAUCACAUGGAUCGGUUACCGCGCGAUGUCGCCAGCGAAAGACUACAUCAUGAUAUCGUUAGACUACUUGAUGAACAUGUGCCAAGGUCACCGCAGAUGGUCACAGUCAUUCCGAAUGGUCCUCUCAUGGGCUCUCCGAAUCAUCCACAAUUAAUCACACAUCCCACAGUAAUCGGCUCGGCGCCGAAGCAGACCAAGUCGAAGAAGCGGCCAAAGGCGGGAAACCCAAACAGCCCGGAAUCGGAGGGCGUAGUAGUGAUGGUGAGGCGAAAGCCAUCGGUGAAGAAACCGCCGGCCAAACGCGGCGCUCAACCCCCAAACCAGGAGAUCCCACAGGGAGCGGAAGGCGCCGAUGGCAACUUGCCAACGAGCCCGUACGACAGCGCGAGCCUCUACAGCAACGCGUUGCCCCUGGUGGCGCACACGGCAACAGCAAAACAGCCGCCUCCGUACGAGGAUUGCAUCAAGGGUCAGUCGAUGCAAGGCCUGCAGCAACUCGGUCUGGAUACCUUCGCGACCAAUUACGGGCUGCCGUUUCACGACCAGCUCUUAGCGCCGCAUCAGCGGCAACAGCAGGGUAUGGUGAACACACUGUCGCCACCGUACAGCAAUCAAUCGCCGCCACAUUCGGUGCAAUCCAACAUGACUCUCUCCCCGCAAGCGAGCUACAUGGGCUCGCCAUCGCCGGCGAAAAGUCGGCCAUCGUUACCCACCUCGCCUACCCACAUCGCCGCCAUGAGGCAGGCGACGCACCAGAAGCACGGCAGCAUGCCGCCAGUGGGAUUCGACUUCGACAAUCUGCCAUACACCUCGAGUCAGGCGCAACAGCAGCAGCAACAGCAGCAGCAGCAGCAGCAACAGCAGAUGCAGCAGACGCAGCAGCAGAUCCAGCAGCAACCGCAGCAGCAGCAGCCGCAGCAGCAGCAGCAAAGUACGCAACAGCAGCAGCAACAAUAUUACCAGUACUUGACGCCGCCGUCCCAUCAUUCCGGACCCGAUGUCACGCCGCAGCAUCUCAUGCAGGCGCCCGAGAGCUUUCCGACGCCAUCGCCGGACAGUCCGGGCCACUGGUCCUCGAGCUCGCCCCAUUCCAACAGCGAUUGGUCCGAGUGCCUAGCAGCAUCACCACCACAAGCACCACCCACGAACGUCUACGGCGCCGGAAGCGGCGCUCACCAAAGCAACAAGAGUACCGAGGCGGCGAUCUACAUAUGAGAUUGGUACAACGGUGCUCUCUUCCUCGCACCAAUAAAUCGUAAAUCGUGAAAGAGAUGAGAAAAGAGAUAGGUAUACGAACUGUGAUCAGCUCGUCGAGUUCGAGCGUCUCUCUACAAGUGUCGAAAUGGACGACCGAUAUAUGAUAAUAUGAAAGACUCUUUCGCCGUAAUUAAAUUAUAGUGGCAAGAAGGUAUUUUUAUUUUUGUUUGUUUGUUUGUAUGUGUGUCGAAGAUGAUGAGCUACGUUGAAGCGUCGCAAUUAUUAUAUAUAUUUAUGCGUAUCAAUGUUAGGCUGAAUAAAUAAUUCAUCAAUAUUGGAUACAAAUGUAUUCGUCAUUAUAUAUUUACAUGGUUUAUUAAUGAUUGAUUAUUAAUUAUUAAUUGAUUAAUCAUUGAUUGUUAAUUGAUUCAUCAGAUUUCCGAACAUAUUUUUCGCUCAACAUUGAUGCGUAGGAAUAUAAACAAUUAUGUAUAUGUGUAUUGCCGCAUGAGAGGGAGGGGGAUGGAUGGAAGAUUUUUCGAUCACAGAGAUAUUACAAAAACGUAUUCAAAUUGCAAAACCGAUUGUGCCUCUUUAAUGCGACGCGAUGUUUAGGAAAAUCCUCGCGACCGAGGAAUCGCGCAACUUAUAAAAAAUAGCCGAUAUAUUUUUGAUAUCUGUCGAUUUUUAUUAUCGCGACACAGCUCAAUGAAGAAACAGUGCCUUUGAACUUGCCAAUGUGAAGAUCCCCGAUGGACAAUAAUUUAUAAGGGAGCGAGACCUUGCUCUACGCAUAAUAAUUGUACAUAUUACAAUAGAUUUAUCGUUCGCAGCUGUGUCUGUUAUUCCACGGAGACGACUAUAUAACAUGUAAUGUUCUAUUUAGUGCCUAAUGCGCAUCGUAUACACAAAGGAAUUGUAUUGACUCGAUCUUUGAUUACCCAGGUAGAACAUAAAACUCAUAAUGACAUCAUUAUGACGUCCUAAAAGUCACCUAAAAGUCAUCUUAAAAAAAUAAUGAUAUCAUUUGAUAUACUUUUGGCAAUGUUUUAGUGACUUAUUUUUGAUAUUAAACAAUUCUAGCGAACUCUGUUGAAGAAUAUAUAUACUUCG